GCAAGGCUUGGCAGCGGACAUUUGGCACGGCUGUGAGAGAGAGAGACAGGCGAGAGAGAGCGAUCACAAUUACCUCCACAGUCAUGGCGUCCUCUCCGAAAUCCAACGACGUUCUCAUCAUCAACUGUGACGAGACGUACCCGCUAGAUUCCGUGGAGGCGCUGGUCAAAAAAUCGUCUCAAACUACCCGUGUUGACACCGCUAUCGAGCCGGUACGUUUUUCGCUGCCGAAGCUGGCAGAGGUCAGCGAGGAAGUGAAAGGAAAACAACUUCUGUGCGCCAUUCUGGUUCUCAACGCACAUGAGUCCCGACUUUCUAUAAACGAGAAGAACGCAGGAAUCGGCUACGCUGUUCUCUAUAGGGCUCUGAGGGAGGCGUCUGACGGUCGAGUACUUGUUGUGAUCGGCUCAGACGAAAAGUCCUCGGCGGCAGACGGGAAGGUCGUGUCCAACUGGGUCCGCUACAAAGUCGCGUCGCAGUUCGAAGACGAGUACCUCGACGGCAGGAGAGGUUUCGUGUUCUCCUGGGGGAAGAGCUACUACCCCGUGCACGAGGAAGCGUUCCAACAGUACCUGCGCGCCAUCGGCAGUGGUAAGGACGGCUUGGACAAACCGUUCUCACCGGCCCCCGUGCAUCGUCGUCCUGAUCCAACGCCGAUCCAACCGGCAAAACAGCUACCAGGACAAGGCCAAGAGUCAGCGCCAGCGCCUUCAGUUGUCGGCCCGCCACCUCGUGCAUCCCCUAACGGUGACAACAUACUAGUAGUCACGCCAUCAACAUCAGCACACCCACCAACCAACUCAACGAGUACUCGGGUAACCCAGCCGAACCCAGAGCCACCGAGGGGCACCCAAGUCAAAUCUACAGGACCAGCUCAAACCCAGAGCUGGCCCGUACUACCCGAAAAAGGACACCCUAAGGCCCCAGGACCAGUAGAUGUACAAAGACAAGAAACGGAAGACCGGUUGAGGGCUCACUUUGCUGAACUAAAACAAAAGUACCCUGAGUACCGAGGUAAACUUCUUGGCGUGAUCAAGUAUGGAAGGUUAGAUGUGGGGUAUACCUAUGCUCUGGACGAGAGCGUUCUGCACUUUGAGGUUCCUAAAUACAUUACAAAAACGUUCUAUGACGAACAGAAGGCAACUGGUGUGAUAGAUGUGGUUAUCUACGAGGAUCCCAAAGAUGGCGAACUAGCGUUUAUGUACUUGGACGCUACAAAGUCUUCUAAGUCAAAAUCUUCUAGCGGUUGGCGAUGGCUGUUCAGUAGGAAGUGA